UAGACCGUGAGAUAGAGGAGAAAGUGAGAAGAUGUCAGCGAUGUAGGGCAGUUGCGAAAUCACCCGCUCUUAGUAAACCCAUCCCUUGGCCAGAAGUAGCUGCUCCGUGGCAGCGUGUACAUGUUGAUUUUGCGGGGCCUCUCGAUGGAAUGUAUUACUUGCUAGUAAUCGAUACAUUCACUAAAUGGCCAGAGAUAGUAGCGACUACAACCAUGACAGCAAAAACAACAAUCAGGAUUUUACGGGAAAUAUUUAGUCGUUUUGGGAUGCCGAAUGUUUUAGUGAGCGAUAAUGGGACACAGUUUACAAGCACGGAAUUUGAGCUAUUUUGUACGAUAAACGGCAUUGAGCAUUUGCGAACAGCCCCUUUCCAUCCGCAAUCCAACGGACAAGCGGAAAGAUUUGUUGAUACUUUUAAGCGAGCACUAAGGAAAAUGGAGGGGGAAGGUGGUUCAGUACAAGAAGCCGUGGAUAUUUUCCUAAUGACGUAUCGUAGCACGCCACAUAAAUUGUUAGAACGAAAUCAGUCGCCAGCAGAAUUGAUGUUAGGCCGUAGGUUGCGCACGUGUAUGGAGCUUUUGCGACCAACUAUGAAUGUAAGCUCAGGCGUUAAAGUCGGUGAACCGCUUAGGAAAUAUGAACGUAAUGAUCUCGUCUACGCAAAACAGUAUUAUCGGAAUAAGUGGAAGUGGGUAGCCGGAACAGUUCGGAAACGAUUAGGUUCGGUGAUGUAUGAGAUAGUCACGGAAGAAAACAGAUUUCUGCGUUCCCACAUUAACCAGAUGCGUUCACGUGUGUGUGAUGAGAGAAGACAAGGAAGGUCUCAUAUCCCCGAUGGGUCCAAAUCGUAUCAGAUGUUAGACGUGUUGCUAGAUGCUUGGGAUAUAACAUUGAAUGGAACAAUAGAAAGUAGACAAGAAAACGCUGAAUCAAACAUAGAGAUAGCUAGAUCACGUGACAGAGAAUCGUCAUCGUCAGCGUCGUUCCCAACAUCCUCAUCGUCUUCACCGUUGUUGUUGUCGUCAACGGUACAGUCAGACAGUCCAACAUCGUCGUCUUCAGAAGAGGUAAGAUCGGCGACAUCUCCAGGUUUUGCUACAGCCGACAGUGGAUCAUCAACGCCGGUACAGCCUCUACGACGCUCUACGAGGAUUCGCAGAUCGCCUCAGUGGAUGGAACCAUACCGCCGGUAUUAGUGGGGGAGAUGUUGCAUACGAUAGACUGCCUACCCCUGAGACCGAAGUGGUGAGUGCCGCUCGUGGGAGACACUCAUCGGUCUCCUAGUGAUGCGUGUUAGGAUGAGGCUAGGAUGCGUGUUAGGUUGAGUGCUAGGGGGUCUCUCUAGGACGGACCGCGACAGGGGUCGGACGUGCGUGUUUUAUUGUGUCGUAGCAAUUAAGUGUGAUUGUAAUAAAUUUAUAUAUUUUAAAA